AUGGUAGACACACUCCGGUUUAAACCCACUGACUGUCAUUUUGGGAUCGAUUUUCUGAAAUAUUAUCAGCUUCUGCUCCCAAAGGUGGUCGGUCCCGAGAGCAUAGCAUUCGACUGCCGAGGAGAAGGUCCAUAUGUCGGAGUGUCAGACGGGAGGAUCCUCAAGUGGCAGGGCAGCUCCUUAGGUUGGACUGAGUACGCAUACACUGCUCCUAAGAGGAAUAGGAUGAUAUGUGAUGGCUCAACUGAUCCCGAGCGGGAGCAGACCUGCGGAAGGCCUCUAGGGCUCAAAUUCAACAAUGCGACUUGCAGUCUCUACAUUGCAGACGCCUACUACGGCUUGCUGAAGGUCGGGCCUCGUGGUGGCACUGCCCACCAACUGGUUGCUUCAGCCGAUGGAAUGCCUUUCCGACUCACCAAUGCCCUAGACAUAGAUACCGCAACCGGUGUGGUUUACUUCACUGACAGCAGCAGAUUCUAUCAAAGAUGGGAGUACGUGAAGUCCAUAGAGAACGGGGACAAUACCGGGAGGAUCCUCAAAUAUGAUUCUCAUACGAACAAAGCCACCACCCUCCUCAAGGGCCUGUCCUUCCCCAACGGACUAGCCCUGAGCAAGGACAAGUCCUUCCUCCUAGUGGCCGAGACCGGGAAACUCCAGCUCCUCCGGUUCUGGCUUUCCGGCCCUAGGGCCGGUAUGUAUGAGCCCUUUAUGCAGCUGGCAAGGUACCCCGACAACAUCAAGAGGAACGAGAAUGGGGAGUUUUGGGUCGCUCUAAACAGUGGGCGAGGGAUCAUCAUGACCAAGAGCUUGCUCAUGACAGAGAAAGAAGCUGCUGGCGCUGGAGGAGACGAUGGCAGCAUCCCAUGGUUCAAGGGGGACCCGGUGGCGGUGAAGUUCGGGGAGGAUGGGGCAGCAGUGCGGGUGCUGGACGGGAUGAACGGGAGGAGGUUCGAAUCGGUGAGCGAGUUGGUUGAAUUUGGGGGCACCCUGUGGGUGGGUUCUGUUGUUAUGCCUUAUGUUGGGAAAUUCAAGGCUUGA